UUAAUUGCUGCAUGCAGUGCGUUUAAUGGGGAAAGGAAACGUUUUAUAUGGAGAACGAGUUCACACUAGUAUACAGCAUCAAUCCAGAUGUACAACAGGCGCAGAGACAAAAUAUUUCUUCAGCCGUGGGAAUUAUGAGUUGGAGGGAUCUUUGAUUUUUGCAACAGAUAUAUGUUCCAAGAUAAAUUCGACUAAAAACAAUCUCCUGCACAGGGUGGUGGAUGGGCUCUGUGGUCGAAAUCAGCCCAAGCGCCUGGAGUAUGGUGAAACAUGGAGUCUUCUGGAGUGGGGUGAACUGAUCAGCUCCCUAACCUACUUCUUUCGAGUCGCAGUUGGGAGGAAAUGCUCAGACCAGGAGAUAAAGGAAUUGUUGGGUGAUUUGGAAUCUGCACAUUCAGGGGCUGUUCUGCAGUGUGUGCAUGCCAGGCAGGAGGAGAUCAGGCAAGCUCUGGUGGACAGAACCUACAGAAUCUGCAGUACGCAACUCGACGACUUCAACUGGCAGCUAAAACUUGCAUUAUCCAGUGAUAAGCUGUCAUCAUUAAACACUCCUCUACUAAACCUCAGUCUUGACCUGACAGAGGAUGGAAUCCAGAAAGCUGUAAACAUAGAAAUGAACAAAGAAGAGUUAAACACGCUCAUCACUACAUUAGAAGCUGCAAAUAAGGUGGUCCUACAGAUGAAAUGAACGGAGCAUAUUAAAAACCUGUGGAUCAAGAGCUGAGAACUGGCUCGGGAACGAGGAUCUGCGACGCUUUUAUAGGACGCUGUGCAACCAGGAAAAUAUAGUAUAGCUGUGGCUCAGCGCCUCAGUCGGCUAAGGUUCAGAUCGUGUUUAACAACAUUGGAAAUGGACUAACUGAAUUUUUGCUUGUGUACACUUUUCUAUUCUAAUCCAUGUGAAGAAUUGAGCAGAUUUCAAAUGAGCACAUGCUGAAUAUUUAAAAUUGAAACUGAUGCACAUUAAUGCAGUGAGCACAGCAGAACUCCUGAUAGAUAUACCUAUAUAUCACUGCUCGUUCGAGAGUAGCAGACAGUAAUUAAUGUGAGCAGAGCCUGUAACUGAUGAAAAUUAAUGCGAGCAGAGUCUAUCUGAUUAGAAUUUUCCACCUCAGCUUUCUGUCCCUGGUCUAGACAAGUCUUUCAGUUUCAAUUGACUGUCUUAAAUUUUCAUUUGUCUUUUUUUCUACCCCUAUGGAGAACCCUGGCUGUAUAGAUGUAUGAUAGGAGGGAAAGAGCUGGUUGUUUAAUAAACUGCAUUUAAUGUUG